UUCGCUCUUUUCGGGUGACUGAGUCUUAUUUAGUUUAGCUGUAAUUAAAUCUUUCUCCAUCUUCCACCAUGAAGAUCUACAAAGAUAUUUUCACCGGUGAUGAGAUGUUCUCAGAUACUUAUAAAAUAAAAUUGGUUGAUGAUGUUCUAUAUGAAGUAUAUGGCAAGGUAAUUACUCGUAAAUCAGGUGACAUAGAAAUUGCUGGUUUUAACCCAUCUGCUGAAGAAGCUGAUGAAGGAACAGAUGAAUCAGUAGAAUCUGGUGUUGAUAUAGUUAUGAAUCAUCGACUUCAAGAAACUUUUGCAUUUGGUGAUAAAAAAUCUUAUACUUUAUACUUAAAAGAUUACAUGAAAAAAUUGGUAGCAAAGUUGGAAGAACAAGCUCCUGAUCAAGUAGACGUUUUUAAAAAAAACACAAAUAAAGUAAUGAAAGAUAUAUUGAGUCGUUUUAACGAUUUACAAUUUUUCACUGGUGAAUCUAUGGACAUUGAUGGUAUUGUUGCGUUAUUAGAAUAUCGCGAGAUCGAUGAUGAAUCUGUGCCUGUACUCAUGUUAUUCAAGCAUGGUCUUGAGGAACAAAAGUUCUAAAUAAUUUUAGGUAUACAACAAAUUGUGGAAAAAAUAUUAUAAACUCAAAUCAAGACUGUACACAAUGCUGAAAAGCUUGUGAAAUUUAGUUAAUGGAAAACACGAUUUUACUUCCAAUCUUAUUCUAUAACGCAGUUAACUUAUUUUUUUUUAAACAACAAUCGAUGCCAGUCUCAAUGGAACUAAUAAUUGUAAAUAUAUAACUUAAUUGAAGGGAAGAUAUUACAAAGCACAUUAUUCCUUCAAUUAUAUUAUCUGUAUCUGAUUUCGCUGUAGUGUUUAUAACAUUAAUUUUUUACUUUUUUUUAUUGGUCACUUAUUAGAGAAUUUAAUUUAUAAUUCGAAAAUGGAAGAUGGGGAAAGAAGUUUGCAGCGAUGAAAAUAUCAAAAUAUACAUCUAAUUAUUGUUAACAUCAAAAAAUGUCUGUGGGUAACAAUUACAUCUGAAACAUACUCUGUAUAAUGUCCAUCACGAAUAAAAAGGUGUUUUCAUAAUUAUGCUUA